AUGAAGCAAUCAGAUGGAGAAUGGAAAUUAAAUGACAGCCUUCAUGAGGAACAGGAAAUUAAGGCUAUGGUAGCAGGGAAGGCUCUGUUUCGAGGGAGAAAUCGCUCCUCUUUAGACCAUGGGGCAUCGCUGUGCUUCUGCAAACAAGACAAGUUGCCCAUUACGUUCCAGUCCUGUGUGAUCACGAAGGAGUGCCACGUGUCAGAGUGGUCAGAAUGGACCCCCUGCUCCAAAACCUGCUUUGACAUGACAACCCCUAAAGGGAAUCGUACAAGAUCACGGACCAUUAAACAGCUCCCUGUCGGCAGUGAAAGUGAAUGUCCGCAAUUAGAAGAAACAGAGCAGUGUGUUUCUCAAGGAGAUGGUGUGGCACCGUGCAUUACGUACGGUUGGCGGACCACAGAGUGGACAGAAUGCCGUGUCGAUCCUCUCCUUAGCCAACAGGACAAGAGGCGAGGAAAUCAGACGGUGCUGUGUGGAGGUGGCAUUCAAACCCGGGAAACGUACUGCGUGCAAGCUAAUGAAAAUCUCCUUUCCUAUUUAAAUACCCUCAAGGAAAAAGAAGAAAGUCAGUCACAGAGCAAGUCGAAGGCUAGUGCUGCACCUCUGCUAUCGAUCACUUUUGAAAUAACAGCCUCGAGGCCGGUAGACCGUAGGCUGUGUACGGGACCUCUGCCCAGCACCUCCCAGCUGUGCCAUAUCCCCUGUCCUACAGAGUGUGAGACCUCAGCAUGGUCAGCCUGGGGACCAUGCACCUAUGAAAGCUGUGAAGACCCUCAGGCUAAGAAGGGAUUUAAACUAAGGAAACGACGCAUCACCAAUGAGCCUACAGGAGGAAUGGGAAACUGCCCUCACCUGCUGGAAGCCAUCCCAUGUGAAGAGCCCUCCUGCUAUGACUGGAGAAUUGUGGGGCUGGAGGAGUGCAUUCCUGACAAUGAGAAACCGUGUGGCCCUGGUACGCAGGUUCCUGUUGUCGUCUGCGUCAACAGUGAUGGAGAAGAGGUUGACAGACAGCUGUGUAGAGAUGCUAUCUACCCAAUCCCGGUUGUCUGCGAAGCUCCGUGCCCAAAGGACUGUGUGCUCAGCAUGUGGUCCGCAUGGUCCUCCUGCUCACACACCUGCUCCGGCAAAACCACAGAAGGGAAGCAGAUGCGUGCCCGCUCCAUUCUGGCGUAUGCAGGUGAAGGAGGAAUACAGUGCCCAAAUAGUAGUGCCCUACAGGAAACGCGCAGCUGUAACGAACACUCUUGCACUGUGUAUCAUUGGCAGACCGGCCCGUGGGGACAGUGCAUAGAGGAUACGUCUGUCUCUGCUUUCAACUCCUCUGCCAGCUGGAACGGGGAGGCCACCUGUUCCGUGGGGAUGCAGACAAGAAAGGUCAUCUGUGUGAGAGUCAACGUGGGACAAGUGGGCCCAAAAAAAUGCCCUGAGAGCCUCCGACCAGAAACAGUGAGACCAUGUCUGCUUCCCUGUAGGAAGGACUGUAUUGUGACUCCAUUCAGUGACUGGACAUUGUGUCCUUCUUCAUGUCAAGAAGGAGGUGUCACAGUAAAAAAGCAGUCUCGUCAUCGAGUCAUCAUCCAGCUCCCCGCCAACGGUGGUCGUGAGUGCCCGGACUCCUUGUUUGAGGAAAAGGAAUGUGAAGCUUCUCCUGUCUGCUAUAGCUACAGGUGGAAGACCCACAAGUGGCGCCGGUGCCAGCUAGUACCAUGGUAUGUGCGCCAAGACAGUCCAGGAGCACAUGAGACUUGUGGACCUGGGCUACAAGCAAGAGCAAUUACUUGUCGCAGACAAGACGGAGGACAGGCUGACAUCAGUGAGUGCCUUAAAUACUCUGGCCCAUUACCAUCCUUAACACAGACAUGCCAGAUUCCCUGCCAAGAUGACUGUCAGUUUACCAACUGGUCAAAGUUUUCUUCCUGUAAUGGGGACUGUGGAGGAGUCAGGACAAGAAAACGCACUCUUGUCGGAAAAAGUAAGAAAAGGGAUAAAUGCAAAAAUUCUCAGUUGUACCCUCUGAUUGAGAAUCAGUUUUGUCCGUGUGACAAGUACAGUGCUCAGCCUGUGGGAAAUUGGUCAGACUGUAUUUUACCAGAGGGAAAGCUGGAAGUAUUGCUGGGAAUGAAGGUACAAGGAGACAUUAAAGAAUGUGGACAAGGCUAUCGUUACCAGGCCAUGGCAUGCUAUGACCAAAACAAUCGACUUGUGGAAACAUCACGAUGCAACAGUCACG